UGCUAUUUGUUUUAUGCCCCAGUCCGUGUUUUGCAUCCUGCCCGGAAGAGAAGGCGUGUUCGCGUUUACCCAAGUCAAACUUUUGGCUUUCCAUAUGAUCACUCGUGUGUGUCAACCGCUCCAAACUCUAAGUUCCAACAGACUCUGCUUGGCCUUUUCAGACACCAAAACUUUCCCCGGAGAAAAUGUCCACCAAUUCUGGACAUCAUUGAUAGGUGAAGGAGGGAGAAGGGGAGUUGUUGGAUUUGAGUCACCUCUCAGAGGCAGAGCAGACAUCCAUCUUGGAAGUGUUACUAAGGGACUCGAAUCUGCGUUGCCUUGAUGAGGGGCGUGUAAGGUCAGAGGACCAUGCAGCAGAAAGAGGCGGACCCAGUGAGUCUGAGGUUGCUGUCGGGGGCGUGGUUUCAUGAGGAGAGGAGCAAGCGUUACCGAGACCCAAAGGAUGGCGUUGACAUCGUACAGGCAUCCAUACGAGGCAGGAAGCCAAGAACAGAUUUGUCUGUGAGUGGGGUGUUUAAAGGGCAGACAGAAGAUGCUCCUCCCACUAACAACAACGACCCCAGCUCUCAGAUAGAGGACAAGAAAGAGGAGGACGACAAGAGAAGUUACAGGAGUCGACCUACAGCCAGACCCCGGAGCCCAGACCCAGACCCAGGAGCCCAAACCCAGACCCAGGAGCCCAGACCCAGGAGCCCAAACCCACAGGAUACAGACUCUGUGUCCAGUGUCGUGACAGAUGCUGAUCUGACGCUUCUAAGGCCUGGGCUCUCCAUCAGCACUCUAAGUCUACAGUCUAACUACACACUAAGUGGCAGUAUGAUGAGUCUGUUCAGUUCUGGGGAGUUUGGGGCGGUGGCGGUAAAGGGGCGUGUCCUGUUCUCAUUGGACUAUGACACUCAGAGGGAGGAGCUACAGGUCAGAGUGUGUCGUUGUGAAGGCCUGGUUGCUGCACGCAAGAACCACUCCGACCCGUACGCAAAGGCCUAUCUCCUGCCUGAUAAGUCGUCUCACAGUAAGAAGAAAACAACAGUAAAGAGAAAGACCCUCAAUCCAGUCUUUGACCAGACACUAAAAUAUAGGAUCAGCGUGUCAGAGGUGCGUGGCAGGACUCUGAACCUGUCUGUGUGGCACGCUGCCUCCCUGGGUAGAAACCUGUUCCUAGGAGAGGUAGAGCUGGAGCUGCCUCCCUGGGUAGAAAUCUAUUCCUAGGAGAGGUAGAGCUGGAGCUGCCUCCCUGGGUAGAAACCUGUUCCUAGGAGAGGUAGAGCUGGAGCUGCCUCCCUGGGUAGAAACCUGUUCCUAGGAGAGGUAGAGCUGGAGGUGCCUCCUUGGGUAGAAUCCUGUUCCUAGGAGAGGUAGAGCUGGAGCUGCCUCCUUGGGUAGAAACCUGUUCCUAGGAGAGGUAGAGCUGGAGCUGCCUCCUUGGGUAGAAACCUAUUCCUAGGAGAGGUAGAGCUGGAGCUGCCUCCUUGGGUAGAAACCUGUUCCUAGGAGAGGUAGAGCUGGAGCUGCCUCCCUGGGUAGAAACCUGUUCCUAGGAGAGGUAGAGCUGGAGCUGCCUCCCUGGGUAGAAACCUGUUCCUAGGAGAGGUAGAGCUGGAGCUGGCUCACUGGGACUGGACACACACAGACCCUGACUGGUACAAACUACAGCCACGGGUAGGACCAAUACACACACGUGCGAGCAAACGCGUACAUACAGACACACAAACACCCAAACACGCAUACAUACAAGCACACAAACACCUACACACAUACCAAACACAUACAUGCAGACACCCAAACACAUACCAAACACGCAUACAUACAAACACCUACACCCACACACGCACAUGCACAUUCACACACCACAGCAUGCAGUAAGUCCUACAUUGUGUGUAGUCUUAACAGGAGGAGAGGUGCUGAGAAUUUCAACGAGCUUUUCUAACCCGAGCGCUCCUCUCUUCAAUCUCCCUCUCUCUUUCCCUCUCUCGCUCCUUUCACCUCUCUCUCUCGCUCUCUUUUCUCCCUGUCUCUCUCUCUCUUCUUUCUCCCUGUCUCUCUCUGUCUCGCUCUUCUUUCUCCCUGUCUCUCUCUCUCUUCUUUCUCCCUGUCUCUCUCUCUCUCUCUGUCUCGCUCUUCUUUCUCCCUGUCUCUCUGUCACUCUCUCUCUCUCUGUUGCAGUGUAGUCCAGAGUCUAUCAGUAGUCGAGGAAACAUCAUGCUCUUUAUCAAGUUCACCCCAGCAGGAUCUGAGGGUGAGCUGAGCUCACUACGCACGUCACCUACAGACGUCAAGCCACACACAGACGUCAUUUCCUUUCUCUCUGUGUGUGUGUGUGUGUGUGUAGGUGGAGGUCUUCCUCCAUCUGGGGAGAUACACAUUUGGCUGCGGCAGGCUCUCCACCAAAGGUGGCGCCAUCGACUCCUUCGUCAAGAGGUGGGUUAGAGAAGGUGUUCCCUAACUUAUUCACACAGGCCCCACUUCCAGCAUUGGGAAACAUCCCAUCUAACAUCCCGUGCCACGUCUAUUUCUAUGGGUAUAAGCACUGUUCACACCCCUCUUGAUGGGGGAGACAACAGUUUGCUGAUUUUAAAGAUUAUUUCCCACAAUUCUGCACAUUUUGUCAUGUAUCACACCCACUAGCUCUUACAUUGACGUAUGUAAAUAUGUUAUUUAUUAAUUAAAUUCUUUUGAUUGAA